UUGCUAACCCGCAGGUUCGUGGGCAGCCAGCGAGCUCUUUGAGCUCUCUUCGUCUAUUUCUCUCUAACGCUGUCUUUUUUUUUGUCUUAUUUUCCAUGAAAGACAUUGGCGGAUUAGUGGAAAAGACUAGUGACUUUCAUUUACAGAAACGUCUUUUAUCACCUGUUUUGAUUUUCCAAAAAAAUAAAUUCCGUAAUGAUUUUAUUAUGUUUCCAAACAGUUGCAAUUUGAACACUCCUUUCAAAUUGUUCGUCCAAACUAAGCCGUGCUGAAAGAAAAUUUCCGUCUUAUAUUUUGAGUGUAGCUUUUCUGUUGCAGUUGUUAAGAUUUGUCGAUGCAAUUUAGGGUUAUGCAGCUGACCUUAUGGAGUGUCUGGGAGAGCACACACAAAUGCGUUCCCAACAGAAGGUGUUCUCCGUGUCUAUUCCCAAUAAAGGUCAUCUCCAUAUGCUCAUCCCGUUUCUUUUCACCUAAUACGUUUAUUCGCAACCUUUUCUAGUUAUCUUCAAAAAAAAAAGGUUCACGAAUUGUUUUCCUCAAUUUAGAGUUUAGUGGUGUCACAGUAUCCCAUCUCGGUUUUUUAUUUGAAAAUUGUGGGAAUUUAAUUCGAAUUUGCUACCCAGGAAAAAUGUCUGGAAAUUCCCGGAUUAAGCUGGAAUGGGACACUCUGACACCACCCGUCUCCCAUUUUAUUUUCAAUUUCUAAAAGUAAAAUAGCAUUUUCAGAUCAGUGACAGUCAUGUUGGCAGCUAAUGGCCCCCGAACUGCGAAAAUCAGCCGAGAUGUUAGCAACUACAUUAUCACCUUGGUUCUUGAAAGAAGUGAUGAUCUCAUCAAAAAUUCAUAUCGCCGGUUGACAACUGAAAAUGUCGCCAGGAAUGAGCAUUGGGCUCGAAUCGCUGAUAAAGUAACUGAAAAAUUCGAUAUUCCAGCUGAAAUGGAACGAGUCAAGUCGCAUUUUCACAAUCGAAAAAAGGUUCUAUUGGCGAGAAUAAAAGACGAGUUGAAAACUAUUCCAAGCUCUAAUCAAAUGUCCACUGAUGAAAAGAUGGAAGAACUCGUACGUCGGAGAAUUUGUAUCGGAGAGUAUGAUGAACAACUUGCCAGAGUUUGCCUUGACAUAGAAGAUGAAGAAAAAGGAAGAACGGAACAAUUUGGGAAUGAACAAAUUCAGCAACCGAUGACAAAUUUGUUCACUGAAACAAGUCAUCAAUCUCUUUUAAGUCAGUUGCUAACUUCAUCGGCGUCACAAUCAAAAAGUGAAAUACCGAUUUCGAUGUCAUCGCCUAUGGAAUCAGCUUCAAGCAAAGAUUCUGAGCCACAAGCUGUUAUCUCUUUACCAACUUUAGGUGCAACUCGCGCCCCUCUUCUCAGUAAACUUUUAUCUGAUCCUUCAACAUCGAAAGAAAAUGGAUUUUUGUUGCGAAAAGAGCCUGUGAGAUUGGCGAGAGCACCAUCAGCAAUUCGGAAUCCGAAUGUUAGCAAUUAUGAUAGGAAACGUCGUGCAGCAAGUCCAUAUGAAAAGAGCAAUCGUUUAUCGGUGCUACCCAGUCCUCAAAACCAAUAUCUCUCACAUUUGAUCGUUGAUGUUUCAUCUCCUCAAGAACUUAAAAGACUAUUAUCGGUUUUGAUUGAUCAUGGAUUCUCUCGAUUUCAGCACAUCGGAAGUUCGGAUAUGGUGGCAUCGUCUAUCAGAACUGGUAUACCUCGAGCGCCUAGACUCGAUACGGUAGAAUAUUCCAACUAUGAACAUGAACCUGAAACAGAUGAGAUUUCUCGAGAUGGAACACCAUUUUGGUCAACACCAAUUCCACCAACUAACAAAGAAUUGCCGGUUUCCCCUGUAUCACAAUUGGACAUGACGAAUUCAAUCAAGAGCAGAGUGGAACGUGUUGAUGUAGAAGUUAAACUGGAACCUUGCAAUGACGAAGAUGAUGAAUUUAGUGAAGAAGUUGAUGAACAAACUGCUGAAUUGGAAGAACAACUAGCAACUGAAGCUAUACGGACUGGUUUGGCACUUUUUGGAAAAGUUUCCCCAUCUCCAAAACGAAUGAAAUCAUGUGGAAGUUCUGGAAGUGUUUGUGGAGAUGUAGUCACAGCGAUUUGUGAGAUUUGUGGAAUUGGAAUUCGCCUGAAUUCUGGUGGUUCUAAAUGGAAUUUCUUUGAACACGUAAUGAUGAAACACUCCACUCAUAAACCAUUCAAAUGUUCCCAAUGUCCAUAUCAAGCUGUACGAAAAGUUCGUGUAAAGCAGCACGGACAAUCACAACACAAUUCGGAACACGAACCUGUGAAUAUGAUAACACCAGAAGUACGAAAAGAAUGGCUGGAUACAAUGGCAAAGUGUUUCCCGAAUCAUCAAUAUGGAAAAGAAGCAAAAAUUUAAUAGUUUCUUUAAAUUUUUUUCGUUGAUAUUUAUAAUAUUUUCUUUUAAUUUUAAGUUUUACAACGCAAAUUUUGUUCUUACUCGAUUUUCAAUAAAAUCGUCGGUCUUUUUAUUA